AUGGCGCAAACUCAAUACGACGAGGCCGGCGGUGAUUACGAUGAAGUCAGACCUAUCUUCUACAUCGGACAGCACGAUUCUGCCCGAUCUGAGACCCUUUCCGAUUUGCAGUAUGGGCAGAUCUUGAAUGCGGGUUUCAGUUUUGUGACAACACCUGUCACAAAUGAACAUUUUCGCAAGAGGGUGACUGAACUAGCAGCGAAGAGCAUUACAGAGUUCUCAAACUCUGAGAUUGCUAGCUGUCACCCGGAUCCCAUCGUACCGCCGUUGACCACCGAGGAUACAUCCCUCUUCCCCGGUCCCACAACGGGGGGGCUGAUCGCAUACGCCAGUCCUUGGAUCGACCUCUGCUCGAAGAACCCUGCAGUAUCCAGCAUCUCGCGACAAGUCCUAAACCUUGAGAUAGCUUACGCCAAUUUCUGUGGUGCACGAACAAUCAUCAUUCCCGGUCCCCGGCAAGAUGCCGUCCAGGCUCGCAGUAGUCAAGGCGUUGCCCAGUAUGCGCGAGCGAUUCAAGAAGUGUUGCUUAUUGGCACUCGCUUGAACUUCGUCAUUCAUCUGCCCAUGUACCGCGAGCCAGGUCUCGAAGAAAACACAAGCACUUUGUCAGCCGAACUGCUCAAUGACGAUACCACCGCUGCAGGCGACAACGAUAGUGAGAUUGAUAUCUUCAGCUCUUGGGACUCAUGGCAUGUAAUUCGUACCACUUGCGAGUACGACUCGAGAGUAUGCGUUGCUGUGAGGAUGCCUCGAAUGCUGCCACUCAAAGCAGUCCAAACGAGAUGGUUCUCAGAACCCGUACAAUACCUGACGUUUGGGCCCAAGGCUUUCCAGGCGAAUAAGGGUGGCAACCCGUCGCUAAGCCGAAACCAUCAAGACAUGAUCAUGAUGUACAUGAGACUCAAGGUUACCCCAUACUUUCUACUCUGCGACGUUGGCCCAGAAGUGAAGGAGACUCCAGAAGAGGUCGAAGCCCCAGGACCUGAUGACUUCCCCAGUCUUGCAGAGGCGGCAAAGCAGCCCAAAAAGGAAAACCGCGGUUACCCGGAACAUAACCGCUACUCGUCGUAUCUGAGACACCUUGAGAGGCAGCAGGAGCCUGUCUCGUACCUCGAGCAGGCGACCUUGACCAAUUUCCAAGACUGGCUUCAAUCCCCUUUGCAACCGCUCUCGGACAAUCUGGAGUCCGUCACGUACGAGGUAUUCGAGACCGACCCCGUCAAGUACAAUCAGUACGAAAUGGCGAUUGCCCAAGCUCUUGCGGAAUGGUCACACCAACGCAAGUCUACGUCUUCUCCCACUGGGGAGGUCGUUAUCGCAGUGGCGGGUUCUGGGCGUGGGCCGCUUGUAACUCGUGCCCUCCGAGCUAGUGAGAGCACUGGUGUCCCAGUCAAGGUUUGGGCAGUUGAGAAGAAUCCUAAUGCGUAUGUCUACUUGCUACGUCAGAACCAGAAACAAUGGAAUGGACGAGUCACUGUGGUGAAAACGGAUAUGCGGGCCUGGAAGGGUCCCGUCAUUGGCGGCACUACGGAAGCACCAGACUAUGGCAAAGUCGACAUCUUAGUGUCUGAGCUUCUCGGGUCCUUUGGUGACAAUGAACUGUCGCCCGAGUGCCUCGACGGAAUCCAGCAUGUACUCGCUAAGCCACAUGGUAUCUCGAUACCGGAAUCUUACACGGCGCAUCUUUCUCCCAUCUCGACGCCCAGACUUCAUGCUGACAUCAGUCGACGUGCACCCGUCGAGGAGAACGCUUUCCAGACACCUUGGGUUGUCCGCCUUUUCCAACUCGAUUUCGCGGCUCAACGUGUGCCUGGCCACGACAAGUUCCAACAAGCCUGGGAAUUCGUGCACCCACUGCCGGACUCUACCAUGGAGAUGAUCGAAGCACGGAGGUCGGGAGGCGUCGUCGGUGGCGGAGGCGGUUCAAUGGCCGGAGGUGUAGGUGCGAAUGACCACAACUCGCGCCACUGCCACUUGACCUUUGUCUGCAGAGAUAGAGGUGUUAUCCACGGUCUUGCGGGCUACUUUGAGUCUGUUCUAUACCGCCCAAGACUAGAAGGCAAGGACUUGGUGGAGUUGAGUAUUCUACCUGAGAACAUUGACCGAAAGAGCAAGGACAUGAUCUCCUGGUUCCCCAUCUUCUUCCCCCUCAAGCAACCACUUUACUACCCAGCGGAUACCGAACUCGAGGUCAGCAUGUGGAGGCAAACGGAUGACGCCAAAGUGUGGUAUGAAUGGGUGGUCGAGGCGUUCAUGUGGGUGAGCGAAACACAGAGAGUCAAGGUCGGCGCAUCAGAGAUGUGCAGCAGUCGCAAGGUAGCUUGCUUGAUGUAG